AUGGCGGCCUACGGCGACAAGGUCUUCUAUGACCACAAGUCCUCUCCGGUGCCUUCAGCUUUCGAGCCUGCAACGGUCGGACAUGAAGAGAGCAGCUUUGCUGUCACCAAGAGCGCAUCGAAUGCUGACUUCGACCCGAUUCCUCCUUCGAAGAGAACAUGGAACUGGGGUGCUUACGUCGCGUACUGGAUGGCCGAUGCCUAG